GCAGUCAGCUGUUCAGUGUUUACAUCCAGAACUGUGGCCGCUUUGUGCUGAGCGUUUGUGGAUAAAGACGGCAGUAUUUUUUUCACCAUGCACAGCUUUAACAAGAACAACAAACGCGAGUUAAAAUAAAAAAAAAAAAUCACAUCGAUUAUUGUGGUGCUGACGAUAUUGUAGCACAGACCACAUUACCUGCGAAGCAGCAAUCAUUUCAUCCAGACCGACUGCUUACAGCUGGAGCAACUAUGGGAGGUGCAGUAAGUGCAGGAGAGGACAAUGAUGAGUUGAUUGACAACCUGAAAGAGGCCCAGUACAUUCGUUCAGAGCUGGUGGAGUGUGCAUUCAGAGCCAUUGACCGAGCCGACUACUACCUAGAUGAGUUUCGUGACAGUGCUUAUAAGGACUUGGCCUGGAGACAUGGCAACAUCCACCUGUCUGCACCCUGCAUCUACUCAGAGGUGAUGGAGGCUCUGGACCUUCAGCCUGGCCUGUCUUUCCUCAACCUGGGAAGUGGAACUGGCUACCUCAGCACCAUGGUGGGCCUCAUACUGGGUCCAUUUGGUGUGAAUCAUGGUGUUGAACUCCAUGCUGAUGUCAUUGAGUAUGCUUAUCAGAAGCUGGACUGCUUUAUCAAGACGAGUGACAGCUUUGACAAGUUUGAGUUCUGUGAGCCAUCAUUUGUGGUGGGAAAUUGUCUCGAGAUUGCCCUAGAGAGCCGAAAGUAUGACAGAGUAUAUUGUGGAGCAGGGGUCCAGAGAGAGCAUGAGGACUUUAUGAAGAACCUUCUAAAGGUUGGCGGUAUCUUGGUGCUCCCCUUGGAAGAAAAGCUUACCAAAAUUACUCGGACAGGGUACAACUCAUGGGAGAAAAAAAGGAUCAUUGCUGUGUCCUUUGCACCUCUUGUACUUCCGAAACACAGAGAAAAUGGCAAACCCACAGCAGUACCACUACCUGCCAUGUUUGAAGUGCGAAGCCUCCAGGACUUGGCUCGCAUUUCCAUCCGGCAGACACUGAAGAAAUCUGUGUCUGGUUCCUGGACUCUUCCCCAGAAGGUGGGUUCCAGAGGAAGGUCUCGUCUGAAACAGAGACGUGAACAACGCGACUCCAACCUCCUUACUAACCACUAUAUGUUUGUGAGUCGCCUGAUCCCCAGAGCCAUUGACGACAACCAGUCAGAGUCAGAUGACGAGGACUGCAGGGGCGUUUGUGAACGCGUGGGCGAUGAGCUUGGAGAAGGUGAGGAUGGAAGGAGGAAGGAGGGAAGAGUUACAGAGGCUCCUGUUAACUUCCUGAGGGAGAGAAUACUCAGCCUGCCUCUUCCGGAGCCACUCAAGACAUACCUUCUAUAUUAUAGAGAGAAGUAGGCCACCAAUUUAGUGAGUUAACUUAUUUCAGUUAAUCCACAGACUGUACAAGUCCUAAAAUGUCCAUCAAUUCCUCCUCUCACAUGACUUUUGGCUUGUUGGAAGUAAUGUGCACAAAUUACAUUUUUAAUGGCUAAAUAAUCAGCAUGGUUAACAGGAAGAAAUAAACUCUUUUGAGACAU